CCCGCCCUCACUCCGGGCCGUUAGAGGCGGAGCCGCACUCACCGCAUGGGCCCGCGGCGGCCGCCCUGGGCCCGGCCGGGGCUGGCGCUGGGGCUGCUCCUGCAGGCGCUGUUCGGGGCGGUGCCGAGCGCAGGGGGAAGCUGUAGCCUUCUGGAAGAAGGGAACGCCAUCCAGAAGCUGCAUGAAGACUGCUUUUGUUACGUGCAAAACAGGGUCAUGCACUUACAGUACAUUUGGUCGACUGUUCAGGUGAGAAUUAACAGCACAAAGGCAUUCAGGUUUGUGCCUACUCCGGAAAAAAACAACUGCGGGGAUUCAGAAACUGUCUUUGAGUUUGCUGCCUGCGCCAUCCAGAUAUUCUGGCGACAGGAGACAUCUACAGAAACCCUCUUAAAGGUAAAGCAAUAUGGAGAGGACUUCUGCUUCAGAAUACAGCCCUUCAAGGAAGAACUGUACACCGUGAGCCUAACACGAGAAAUGCUAGAUGGAAAGCUCUUGUUUUUCUUUGUAGCUGGAAUUUUUCUGUUCCAUUUUGCAAACAGCCUGAGCAGGAGCACCAACUUCUUUUACCUGUCUGGAAUAAUACUGGGCGUUCUUGCUCUGCUAGUUUUUGUCCUGCUGGCACUUAAAAGAUUUAUUCCAAGGCGCAGUACCUUCUGGAUACUACUGAGUGGCUGCUGGAUGUCCUCACUCUAUCUUAUCUACUGCUUCAAAGAGAACAUGCCGUGGUUGUGGUCUGAACAAAGACUCUACGUGUUGGGGUAUUUUGUGGCCAUUGGAACUAUCAGCUUUGCCACUUGCUAUCAGCAUGGACCGCUUACCAGUGAAUUGAGUAUAACCUUGUUCGCGUGGACGCUGCAAUUAACGGCCUUUGUUUUUAUUUACUGUGGUGUCACCAUACCUCAAGUUGCAUAUGCAAUAAUAGCAGUCAUGCUCUGCUCCAAAGGCCUGGGAUAUCCCCUCGGUGCUGCCUGGCACAUAGGCAGAACAAUGAAGAAUCGCUUUCAAUCCCAAAAGUUAGUGGUUAGAUGCCUUACAGAAGAAGAAUAUCGAGAACAAGGUGAAACUGAAACUGUCAGAGCUCUGGAGGAGCUGCGCUCAUCCUGCAAGAACCCUGACUUCUCAUCAUGGUUGGCAGUAUCCAAACUCCAGUCCCCACAUAGGUUUGCAGGUUUUGUUCUGGGAUCUCCUCACGUCUCACCAGCAGAAACAAAGGCGCACGAUGAGGAAUACGGCAUUGGGAGUUCCUUCCUGGAAGAGCAGCUCUUUGAGACAAGGACAGAGUCUGAGGGAGAUGAGAUGACCGGCUACAGCCACGAAGAUGAUGAUGAGAAUGAAGAUGAAACACAUGAACAAAUUUUAUUUCCAUUUGCUACUGAGCUGCUCUGAGCUUUGGAAACUACCCUAAAAAAAGGGAGAGAAGGGAAAAAGAAAGACAUUGAUCCCACAAAGGAAGGCUGCAGACCAAGAACUCAUUUCUGGGGAUUCCUCGUGGAUGCUUGGGGACAAAUGAGCAUUUUUCAAUAACUGUUUCCUGCAUCACUGAUAUUGCACAAUUAGAGCAACAGAAAGAAACCACAGGGACUGCUCAAGCAACGAGGAUCUCACACUAUCAGUACUUCAGCCGGGAUGCGUUGCUAAUUUCCAGAGCAGGUACUGACAGCAGCCUGUCCCACCACAGGGCCUUCUUUUGCCAAGGAUACUACCUCUGAACAGAGCAUCUUGGCCUUGCUCAUUGUCAAGUCCUCUGUGCUGAGCACUGGCGGGAGAGGAAGCCAUUAUUAGUGCUCUGCUUUCAUCAAGUACCCUAAAUAUUAGCAAAUUUCAUAAUGUUCUUAGUUUGCUGAUAAAUCACUUCACUGCUCAGCUGACUUUUCAGUGAUAGAGCUCUACAGAUUUAACAUAGCUGAGUGACAUUUGUUGGCACUUCUGGCUCACAAUGCUGUCUGCUAGCUUCACUUUGCCUCCCCCCUUUUGUUCUCAGCUCCUCUUACCCUUCAAACUCCUGCCUCGUUUUUCACCCGUCUGCUUUUAAUUGUUCUAUUCCUGCACUCUGCACUGGGGUUGUGCUAUACCUUGUUUUUUUACACGUCUUUGUUUCUUCACACAUUCUUCUUUCCUAUUCCACAGGCCUUUCUUCUCCAUCUUUGACAAUUGCAGGAGGUCCCCCCAGUCCAUCCACCUGCAGAGGUCAUUCUCUUCAGUUCUUUAGACCAUCCUGCUGUCUUCAUCUAUGUUUUCCUUUCCUGUCUCCAGACUGCAGAGAGCACAAGGCCAUUAAUUCUCUCAUCAUCUGCAGAAUGUAUCAAGCUGUUGAAGGGCUGUUCUCUUAGUGCGCCCAGUGAUGCAGCAGGACCUCAGUGGUGCACACCCUAUAGUCCAUAUCUAGUCAAGGGAGAAAAUGUGAUGCCUCUCUAUUGUGGCAGAAAUAAGCUUCUUUUAAGUACACACCUACUUGUUAUACAGUAGGCAGAAACUACAUGAAAAUAACCUUUUACUUACAUGAUAACUAAACAGAAAAGCCCAAACAAAACUUCCCUUUUUGCUGAACUGUGAAAGGACAACACACCGGGUGUGGUGGGGAAGAAGCAAAUGCUUUCUUGUACUCACAGAAUCCAACACUUGGGUAAAUGCUAUCCAAAGCGGAGCAGGGAACCACUAAGCUCAUCCAAAGCAGAAGUGCAGCAACAUACCAGAAUGAUGACUUCUUUAGCGCGUAGCUGAUAGUGACCUGAAAAAGCCUCCCGAGUCUGUUCCAACACUGGAAGCGUUUCACAAACAAAGCCUUCCAAAAUCAACUGCCGUCCCUCUGCCCUCGGCCAGCAGUGAGUUGACUUGCACAGCGGUGCUGUGAUGCACAGAGGUUACACAGAUGGAACAGGAACUACCAGCAAGUGUUACCCAGAGCUCAAAUGGAAAAUCUGGGAGCAGAGACUUGAUGUUAAUCCACUGCCUUAACUAUGACAGAAGGCUUUUGCCCUUAACAAGGGGCAAGUUACGUUUACCUCUUGUUUCACCACGUUAAGACAGAAGUGUUUAUUUUGUAUUCAGGGCGCACCAUACUCCAUCCACUGCCUUUUACUUACAGUGUUUUUUAAAUAAAAGUACUUGUCCAAGA